UUACAAAGAUGUCCAGGGGAGGAUCGGUCAACACUCUCGUGAUCAGGCCGUCGAAUUUGCGCAAGGAUUGGGAGCCGUUCGCUCCGAUACGCUCAUCAACUGCCGUGCUGAUCACAGUCCUUGUUCUGCACACGCUGCCACCGGGUUUCACGCAAUCCAAGGCCUCCGAUGACAGGAUUCUCGUGCGAAGCUUCUGUCGAUCUACCUUUUCGAGAGGGAACUUCUCACCGUUGAACUAAUAAUAGGAAAGCGUAUAUCGGAUGGUCAGGAGAUCGGACUGCAAUCAGGAGAAUGAGCACCGGCGGUCAUACUGCGGCAUUGCUCCAGGAAGUCGAAAUCUUCCAACUUAAAGGACAUCGCCAGCGGUUCCAUCGACAUUGUCGAGUCUUCACGAUCUACACUACGGGGCCAAGACCUCGACCUUUGUGGAUCUUACUGCCGCUCAACAAUACCUUCCCUAUCUAAUACUGCUCUACCAUAGCCAUCUAGCCAGGACUCCUCGCAAACAUGCAGUUCCUCACUAUCUCGAUGCUUACGAUUUUGUCUGCGGCGGCCUUCGCAGCUCCGAUUCCCAAACCCGACGUCCAUCAAAAGGACGCCAGUGUCAAUCUCCGAAGAAGUCCUCAGUGCUCUCCACCUUGCUCAAGCAAUGGCGCGGAGCCC